UCCGAGUCUAGGAGACGAAGAGAAGUGAGCAAGGGAAGGUAACAUAAACAUGCGAAGUGGAACACAGCCGUUCAAUCUGCGCUAGAUCUGAUGUUUUACAGACUCUGAAGAAGAAGUAAGCAAUUACUCCAGGAAAAACUACUGACAUACUAUUGUAAAGAUGGAGAUUAAGGAAGAACCCUGUAGAAUUAAAGAUGAAGAUACAGAGGAAAAAAUAGAUCUGAUGGAAGUGAAUGAAGACAAACAGCAUCCUGAUCAUUUCACAAAUGAAGGUGGAAACACAGUCAUUUCACAGACUGAAAAGGAUUUCACACAAAAACAUGCUGGAAAAUCUGGUGUCAAAGGAUCUUUUGCCUGCUCUGAGUGUGAAAAGACUUAUAUGCACAAAAAAAACUUUAUUGUACACAUGAGAAUUCACACUAGAGAAAAAAUAUUUACAUGCACACAGUGUGAAAAGAGAUUCAUUCAGAAAAAAGACUUAAUUGUGCACAUGAGAAUUCAUACUGGAGAAAAACCAUUCACAUGCAGUCAGUGUGGAAAGAGUUUCAUACAUAAAGGACACCUCAAUGUGCACAUGAGAAUUCACACUGGAGAAAAACCAUUCACAUGCAUGCAUUGUGGAAAGAGUUUCAUUCAGAAAAAAGACUUAAAUAUGCACAUUAGAAUUCAUACUGGAGAAAAACCAUUCACAUGCACUCAGUGUGGAAAGAGAUUUAUUCAGAAUAAAGACUUAAAUGUGCACAUGAGAAUUCAUACUGGAGAAAAACCAUUCACAUGCACUCAGUGUGGAAAGCGUUUUGUACAUAAAGGGCACCUAAAUGUGCACACGAGAACUCACACUGGAGAAAAACCAUUCUCGUGCACUCAGUGUGCAAAGAGUUUCAUUCAGAAAAAAAACUUAAAUGUGCACAUGAGAAUUCAUACUGGAGAAAAACCAUUCACAUGCACUCAGUGUGGAAAGAGUUUCAUUCAGAAAAAACACUUAGAUGUGCAUUCAAGAAUUCACACUAGAGAAAAACCAUUCACAUGCACUCAGUGUGGAAAGAGUUUCACCCAGAAAGAACACUUUAAUGAUCACAUGAGGAUUCACACUGGAGAAAAGCCGUUCACGUGCACUCAAUGUAGAAAGAGUUUCACUCACAAAAGCUCUCUCAAAGAUCAUCUGCGCUCUCACUCUGGACUGAGGUCAUUUAACUGUGAUCAGUGUGAUAAAACAUUUGUUUUUUCAUCUAACCUAAGAAGACACCUUAAAGUUCAUACUGGAGUGAGACCUCAUAUGUGCUUUGACUGUGGAAAGACCUUCAUUACGUCAGACGUCUUAAAAACACACCAGAGAAUUCAUACUGGAGAAAAACCAUACAAGUGCUCACAAUGUGGAAAGAGUUUUGCUCGUUCAGAAUCCUUGAAAGUGCAUGAGAGAAUUCAUACUGGAGAGAAGCCGCACCAGUGCUCUUCAUGUGGGAAGAGGUUUUCACUACUGACCUCUUUAAAAGUGCAUGAGAGUAUUCAUACUGGCGUGAGACCUUAUAUAUGCUUUGACUGUGGGAAGACCUUCACUACACCAAGCAUCUUAAAAAAACACCAGAGAAUUCAUACUGGAGAGAAACCGUACAAGUGCUCACACUGUGGGAAGAGUUUCACUCAGUCAGGAAACAUGAAAAAGCAUGAGAGAAUUCAUUCUAGAGAGAAGCCGCACCAGUGCUAAAAUAAUAGUGAAGUUUGGUCAUUUGACGAAGAAAAAUUUAGGAAGGUCAAAGUAAUAGUUCAGAAAACAAGUGUGUGAGUUAAAUGCAACAAUUUAUGAAUGGAUGUGCUUUGUUAAUUCUGAGGUGGUAAUCACAUGAAUUAUGCAAUACUGUUGCAAGAAAAAGUAUGUGAACCACUUGCAGAAUCUGUGAAAAUGUGAAUAAUUUUAACAAAAUGAGAGAUCAUACUACAUGCAUGUUAUUUUUUA